UCGCGCGAAAUUCCUUUCUUCUUCCUGCGAGGUGUGAAUAUUUCCGGAUAGCUCUCGUCGAUGGAUAGUAUUUAUACUGUUACCGACCUCAGAGAAUCAUCGUAGACUCGUUUUCACUUCGCGGCUCUUGUGUCUACCUCAAGCAGCGGAAACAUGGCGCAGCCGCGAGUCACGGAGUUCUUUUCCCAGAAGAAGAAAGGGGUCGCCUCUCCGGUGAAACCGACCGAGCAGCGCAGGAGCGCGGUUAUCGGCCGCGGCUCGUCCGAGAUCGGAUCCAAUGUUGCCAGCACGAGGGCAAGAGCCUCCAAAAACAAAGGUGUUUUCCUCCGCUCGUCCUCCGUCCACGAAGAGUUUGUCCGAGUAAUCCACGAGGCGGUGGAGCUGGACCACGGAGUUAGUUCCGCGGACAGUACCCCCUCCAGUACCCCCUCCAGUCCCCGGACACCGACCUCUGCGGGGACCGAUUUUGACCUCGGAGCCGCCGUGUUUUCAACCACCGCCAAGCACAGCAAGGCCAAAAAGAGGCGACGGGUGGAGGUCUUUCCGGACGCGUGCGUCCCGGUUCCGGAGAAAGCAGCGAGGACGAAGGCGAGGAAGAAACUGGUCCUCCCUCAAAACACCCCGAAGGUGAUCCAGCAGCACCGGACCCCACCUGCAGCCCCUGUUUCUGGGCCGAAGGCUGAGAAGCAGCUCCACUUCCAAACCAACAGCUCCCCACAGAGAGAAGUCCACAGCGAGGACACGAGAGGAGAGGACAGCAAGGUUCUCUGUAAAGAGGGCAUUGAAACCCUCAAGUCUCGCCUUCAGAGGAUCAAGAAACACGCCGAGAACAUAACCAGAGCUUCUUCCCCGGCUUCUAUAUCUCCGGUGGGCUCAGCUGCUCCUAAACCGACCCUGUGCGUCCCCAGAAGCGCCGCCUCCGAUGCCAAGGCCCUCAAGUUCACCGUUGCACAAGUCAAAGAGCUCGCAGCUAAAGCUCAGCGGCGGAAGGAGGAGAGAGAGGCCAAUGAGAGCAAGCCGAGCGAGGCACCACCCGUUCACAGCACCGAGCCGCCGGCGUACCAGCGGUACCACACUCUCGCCCAGGCGUCCCCCCCCGGCCUGUCCCUGCCGUUCCAGUACAAGGUGCUGGCCGAUAUGUUCCGGAGCAUGGACACCGUGGUCGCCAUGCUGCACAACCGCAGCGAGACGGCCACCUUCGCCAAGAUCCAGCGGGGCGUUCAGGACAUGAUGCACAAGAGGUUUGAGGAGAGCCACCUCGGUCAGAUAAAGACGGUGUUCCCGGACGCCUACACGUUCAGACAGGAGAAGAACGUCCCGACCUUCAACAGCAACGUCAAGAAGGGCCGCUGCCAGCUCACCGUGGAGCCCGUCCUCCGCUCUGGCCAGAAUGAGGCUCGUCCUGUCCUGUUGGCCUCUUGCCUCCUGGAGAGAAGAACCGCCUUCCACCUGAGUCUGCUCUCCGUCGUCAAACAGCACCACAAGAGCUUCCUGUCCUUGUUGGUUCCUCCCGUGUCGGUUCCGGAGGACCAGCUGACCCGCUGGCAUCCUCGCUUUAACGUGGACACUGUGCCGGCUGUGUCGGCCAGCCUGCUGCCGCAGCCUCCUCACCACGACACGCUGACCACAGCGCAGGAGGUGCUCGACAAGGCACGCUCGCUCAUCACACCCAAGAUGGAGAAGGCUUUGGUUUCUCUGGCUCAGAGGACGGAAGGCAAAGAGCCGGCGCCUCCACAGAACCCGGCCGCCGCCCACGUACCCGCCCCCCCAACCGCCCUCAAAGGAGUGUCCCAGCCACUGCUGGACAGGAUUCGCGCAAAAGAGGCCCAGAAGCUCCAAGCAGCCAUGACACGAAACCCCAAACAAGAGGACCGUCUGCUGAUGAUGUCGCGGCUUCCCGAGCUGGCCAGGAUUCUCCGGCAUGUUUUUGUUGCGGAGAAGAAACCCGCGUUAAUCAUGGAAGUGGCCUGCAACAAGGCAGUGGCCAGCUACAGAUCUGCUCUCAGUACAGGUGAAAUGGAGAAGCACAUCCGUCUGCUGGCAGAAUUGGCUGCCGAUUGGCUGGCUAUACAUCCAAUCAGGAAGGACUUCUACCUGAAGCUGAACAAGAACAUGGAGCUCAACAUCGUUCUGGACCGGCUGGGCAGCAGACUGCGAGAGGAGGAGAGAAUCUGAGAUGCAAACCGUUUCUCCCGGCCAGCAGACUGGAGGCUCGCAGCUUUUCGAAGUGCAAUAUUUACCAGUGAAUUUCACUGAUUUGUGGACAGUUUGUGACUGUCUGACAUUUUAUACAAAACAUGUUUUGUUGCGUGCCACGUGGUCAAGGCUUUACAGGAAUGGUCACUAAACGGGUACCAUCAGCCCUCGUCCUGAUGUUUAAUUCCCCGCCCAUGUUGUAAAGAUGUUGUUUUAACCACAUUUCUGUGCUGUUGACUUUGUUUUGUUCCUCUUAUGAAAGUGUAAUGUCGGCUUUGACUUCCAGACUUUUUAUGGAUAAAUUUGUCUGCGAUGUAGAACUGCUGAAUGUUUGUCCAUUUUUUGAGGUCCCUGUUCGAUCAUGUUUAAGAAAUACAAGCAUCUGUCAAAGUU